UCUUUCUCUCUCUCUCUCUAUCUCUCCUCUUAUUUUAUGGCCUCUGAAGCAGAGAGAUUUUGAAACCAUUCAUGGAAAAGUAGUAACAGAAAAAGAGAUUGGUAAUGGGGAAUUGCUUUGUGUCUAAGAUGGGUAAUUCUAACCCAAGCAUCAGUGAUCGCAGCAUCACCACUGGACCUUCCACUGCAGGGACGUCGAACAAUUAUAACAAUGGUGGGGGAUAUUCGGCGACAAGCAGCAGCGAGGGGACAUGUUGUGAUGGGGAAAUAUGGCCCACACCGACCUUGAAGAUCUAUAGCUUUGCAGAUUUGAAGAAGUCCACAGCAAAUUUCAAGUCUGAUUCAGUGUUGGGAAGAGGGGUUUUUGGGACAGUGUACAGGGGAUGGGUUGAUAAGAAGACGCUUAUGCCUUGUCAAUUUGGCACUGGAAUGAUUGUUGCUAUCAAGAAAUUUGACUUGGAAAGUAUGCAAACGUAUACAGAAUGGGAGUCAGAAGUGAAUAUUUUAGGAAGGCUUUCACAUCCUAACUUGGUGAAACUUUUGGGAUAUUGUUGGGAGUACACAGAACGCCUACUUGUGUACGAAUUUAUGCAGAAAGGAAGCUUGGCUGACCAUCUAUUCAGAGAGAAUCCCGCCAUUGAACCUCUUUCAUGGGAUAUACGGCUCAAAAUAGCCAUAGGUGCAGCACGGGGCCUCGCUUUCUUGCACACUUCGGAGAAGCAAAUUAUUCACAGAAAUUUUAAGGCCUCUAAUAUACUACUAGAUGUGAAUUACAAUCCAAAAAUAUCAAAUUUUAGCUUAGCACAAUUGGGUCCCUCAGGUGGAAACUCUCACGUGACAACCCAAGUUGUAGGCACAUAUGGUUAUGCUGCUCCUGAAUAUGUUGCAACAGGUCAUCUUUAUGUGAAGAGCGAUGUGUAUAGCUUCGGUGUUGUGCUGCUUGAGAUUUUAUCACUUUUACGGGUACUUGAUCUCAGCCGCCCCAGCGGCCAACAUAAUUUGAUUGAUUGGGCAAGGCCUCUUCUCUCUCACAGAAGGAAGUGGGAGACCAUUAUGGAUGCGCGAAUUGAAGGCCAAUAUUCUUCUCAGGCAGCGUUACAGGCCGCUAACCUCUCCCUAAGAUGUCUCGAACAUGACCCUAGAAAGCGCCCCUCCAUGAAAGAAGUUGUGGAGGUGUUGGAACAGAUCGAAACCAUGAAGAAGGAGCCAUAAGAAUCACAACAUGGUUCCUUGCAUUCUACAGCUCAUUGUCAUCGAACUAGUCAUCAUCAUUCCCCCCUACACCCUAGCCACCAUGGAAUUUGAGUCAAAGCUCAAAGAUAAUAGCGCUCACAUGAAUAAGGUAAAACUAUAAAUAUUGGUUUCGAUGUGAAUGUUCUCACAAAAGUUGCGUACCUAAUUUUAGUGAUUGUUUUUUUUUUAACAAAAAAAAAUCUCAUUGAAAAUAUGUCUAUGUAGAAUAAAGGUGCGGAUGAUAUAUCUUUACCAUAUCCCUGUUUGAAAAUGGUGUGAUAGUAAUAACAAAAAGCAUGCGUGUCCUACUAUUUAUCAAAUCAA